AUGUUCACGAGAAUAAUUGGCGAAACGGAUGUGCAGAAGAGUGAUGGCGACAAUUUUUGGCAAGCCGUGGACAUUUACCUGUUCAAAGCGCAUGUUAUCAACAAAAAACUAUUCGGUGUAAAGGUUGUAUCGGUAUCGUACUUCAAGCGGCGCAAUCAAACGCGCGCAAUUGACGAGUGUUUCUGUGACGAAACCAGGAUCGAAGAAAAUCUCGUCCAACGUGGGUUUGAAAUCUCCCCAGAAACAACGGAACACGUGUCCGUGGACCGCUUAUCGCGAAGCGGAAACGACGGUUUAAUAAUCGUGAAUCGCCUGCUGCCAAAGAACAUUCACGUUUUCCAACCGAUAGACGUCGUCUGUGUGAUCGAUUUCGCAUCCCGUGCAGUGUAUUUAAAGGGCCAACAGAACGAUGGCACGAGCACUUUAUUUCCCACGUUUCCCUUCGUUGUGCAGGCUAAAGAAGCCAAACUUUCCAUCAGGUGCCGAUCGUGUGAUAUUACCGAUGAGCGAUCGACGCUAUGGCUACGAGACGUUCUACUGGUCCGGUUGCUCAAAUGGAUGAUGGCCAGCACCCCAAGGCAUGGUGACAGUGCACCGAACACUUCUGUCCGCUCGCUUUCACUGAUCGACGAUAUGGAGCAAUACAAUCGUGUUUUUCACGAUCUGAAACAAAAGUAUGGCUCAUCGAUGGUGGCAAUUUGGCCCGAGUGUACCGAUCCACAGAAGUUUGUUUUCGAGGAUAUCGCCAUUGCUGCUUAUCUGAUAAUGCUGUGGCGCAAAGAAAGUCAGUCUAUGAAAUUGAGCGCAAAAUCACCCUCACUACAAUCUUUCGUGGACAUCGGUUGCGGCAAUGGAUUGCUGGUUUAUAUUCUUUCUUGCGAGGGCCACCGUGGUUAUGGAAUUGACCUAAGGAAACGGAAGCUGUGGGAUCUCUACCCGUCCGGAACGGUGGAUUUACGUGUUCAAACACUUGUACCGUCCAGUGCGUCACUGUUCCCGGAUAUCGAUUGGAUCAUCGGUAAUCACUCGGAUGAACUAUCGCCCUGGAUACCGGUGAUAGCGGCGCGAAGCUCUUACGCUGGUCGUUUUUUUCUGCUCCCGUGCUGUGCAUACGAGUUCGAUGGUAGCAAAUAUCAGCGUCAAAACAGUAACCUCAGCCAAUACGGAGACUUCCUUCGGUAUGCAAAUGAAAUUGCGCAGGUUUGUGGAUUCAAUGUAGACACUGACCGUUUGCGAAUACCGAGCACCAAACGGACAUGCAUAGUCGGGCGCACCAGAAACUACCCGAUUGAGGAAUACGAUACUAUCGAUGCCAAUAUUCAAACUUUUAUCAACGAGCGAACGACGCAGGCGGUCCCAUUGCAGAACCUGAUCACGGAUGAGUGGACGUCCAAUUUCAAACCUCGUGACAGCACCGAAAAAGUACGCAACUGUACGAAAAUCGAUCGCUCGAUUGUCGACCAGAUUGUGGCGAUCGUGUUUGAAGCAUUGCUCGCCAAGCGCCGUUUGGUGCCGGAGCUUAACAACUGGAACUCGGGAGGUACACUUAUGGUGGGCGAUUUAGCGAAAACGAUUCCAUCCGAGCAUUUGGCCGCGCUAAAGGCCGAAUGUGGUGGGUUGCAAACGUUGUUGAAAAAUAAUCAUCAAAUUUUUCAAGUCCACAACGGAACGGUCCAGUUACGGAUACCGAGCAAAGUAUCCGAAAUGGCUGGAGUAAGUAUCCCAAGGAGAACGAAAAGAGUGAAAAAUGCCCAACCAAUCAAUCUGAAACAGAAAACGUGUUGGUUUUUCAAGAACCAUCCCAAUGGCUGCCCGCUGGAUGAACGUGAUUGUAAAUUCAACCAUGCAAGCUGA